AUGACGGCCGUUCUACCUCAAGGACUGAUCAAUGCCAAUCCCAAUGCCCAACAGUAUGCUCUCGAUGACUCCCAUGUCGAUAUCACCAAUGCUGAAGUGCUCAGCAAAUUUUGGAAAGUUUAUGCCAUUCAAAGCGACGCUACCCAGGACAACACCUCUGCGAGGUUGCGAAACCUGUUCUGGAGAGUAUGGAGCAAUCCAGUCCUCACCCAGUCCAUGACAUCUGCACGAUUGAUGCGCCUGUGGACUUUAUGCUCCCAAGACUUCGACUUGACCCCAAUUGAAAACAGUGCUAGACUGCCCCGCAGACUUAUCACACAGGGCCUCUUUAAUUCAGACCAGACUCCAAACACGCCCUCUCCAUUGUCUCCUACCUCUGAGAUCCAUCAGACAACGCAUUCCACUCCACGAGCUAAACCAAAUGUUGCACCUACUCUGCAAGAUUUCAGAUUUCCUUCCGGGACGGCGGAUACAGGAGACGAUGGUUCCCAUCCUUCUCUGGUGCACCCCAGCGGACACGGCCGAAAGCAGUCAGAAGAUACUUCGGGGUCUGCAUCCCACGCCACGUCCGAAUCGUCUGCGCGCCCGACUUUGAGUAGAACCACUAGCGGGGGACGACAGAGACUGCCUGUUCUGGCCACCGCUGGAAAGUCGAGGACAAGGCCUCAAAUCCCUCCAAGAAAAUCCAGUUCACAGAAGUCUCCGGCGGGUCCAAGUGCGCCCAAAUCUCCAAGGGCACAGCCAGAGGCUACUGCGGCCAAUCUCUCAAUUCAAGACGCCGGUGGAGUUGUCGGUCGGCUCUCUGCCAGAGGUCCGCCUCCUGGCUUACCAGUUGUGCCUUGUAUGUCUACCAGUGGACCGGCUUUCGCUCUUCCGUCUGCGUCUUCGUGGCAGAGCGUAGAUUCGGGUUCUGACCCUCCCCUAGCGACCACCGCCCCACAUCUGCCUACGUCUUCGGGAGAAUUGGUGGAGCCGGAUUUUCGGGGCAGAUUUGUCGAAACACAGAAGAAAAUGGCUAGCUCGACAAACCUUGCUGGACUGAAUCGCAUCAAGAAGACAGGUAGUGUUGUCCGCUUUGCAGAUGAGUUACCCCAAGAAUUGCGGAAGGGAAAGGAGAGGGAAAAGGAAGCCAUGUCCCCGGUUCGAGAUGAAAACCUCGGAUCUUCACGGUUGCGGACAAGCAUGUCCAGCCAAGCAGUCUCCGAUGAUGCCAAUGACGAUGACUCGUCUCUGGAGAAUAUGCAACUCCCACGCACCAAGAGCCAGCUGAGUCUUCUGAUUCAGAACAGAAGGGAUGAAACAGGAAGCUCGGAUAUCGGCCCUGAAACGGAAUCGCAGGACCCUAAAGGAAAAGGAAAGGAGAAGGAGAAGGCCCAAUCUAAGGAAGAGGAACUCCUGUCAAUGGGUCGACGUGAUGGCGUGACAAAGGCGGGCGGCAUCCAGGUACGCAAACAACACCGGAUAAGCGAAAUCGAAGAUCCUGGAUACAUGUCGCCGUCAAGCCCCGAGCCUUUGUUUUGA